CAAGCAGGUGCUCUAUUACGACUUCCAUUUUUAUCCGAAAUAAACAUGUAAACUUUUGAUUUGGAAAUUAUGCAUACAUGACAUGAACGAUCUUGUGUUACUUUCACAUCGGACAGGACUAAUUUCCAAAGUAUCAGUUUGAUGUAGUCCAGUAAGGGUAAAUGUACAGUCUAGUCCUAAAUGGUUCAGACCUAAAAGGCUAAAUACCAGACCUAAAAGGCUAAUUACCAGAUGCACACUUUGUUUUCUUGUAUUGUAUUCUUGUUUUGUUAAUUGAUAUUUUUUCUUGAAUAAACAGUUGAUUUUUAGUACGAGUUUAUAUGAUACCGGAAUAGUAAAAAUCAUAUUCAAUAAAGAUUUUUCAGCUUGCUUCAAAAUUGUAAAAAAUCUCAGAAUUCAUUUUUUUCGGUGAGGACAGUCGGUGACAGGUAGCUCAGUUUGUUAGAGCACCCCAGACAUAGAAGUACAAUGUCAUGGGGAGGUCUCAGGUUCGAAUUCUGACCUUGUCAACCUUAUUACCUCCAAUUAUGUCAAUUUACACUUCCAAAAUUUAACACAUAAAUCUUCAAUUCUUCAUGUAUGUACAUUUGAUCUUAUAAUAUUUUUCAUAACGCAGCACAUUUAGAAAGUGUUUCAAGCAUUUUGCCAUGGAAAACUUAAGAGAUUGAUGCUUUAAUUUAUUGUUAUAAAUUUUGUUGUUGAGCACAAUAUCCGAUUAACUUUGAUAUAAUGCUAUAGUAUAGAUACAUGAAACGGUAGGUAUAUACUAAUGUAACAUUUAGAUUUUUUCAACUGAGAAACAGGCAUGUCCCAUGUUUUAUAACUGCAGGUCAAUAGGUAAUACAAACUAGGACAUUUUUGUUUUAUUUAGUAAAAGUUGACUUUAGAUGAAUACUGCAGACCAAGAUACUAGUAACAGUAUAUUACAUUACAUAUUUGUUAAGGUCACUAUACAUAAUCCUUGUAUAUUUCUCAAUCUGCUGCAUGAACUGUCAGGAAGUUGUAGUGAUAGAAAUAAUAAAAUCUUUUGAAACUAAGUCACAUUGUUAUUUUUGUAUCAGAAUGAAUUAUGAAUAAAAUCCAUUUCAGAAGAAAGGGACUUGAUUUAACAUAUUGCUUUGUGUUUUAAAUGGUAUGGUUGACAUAAUAUUUACUAAAAAAUUUGGUUGGAAGAUGUAAAAAAGAUGGAGAGAAUUUUUGGUCAAAUAUUGGAAAUUAAACCUACUUUCUGAGAGAAGAAUAAACUAAAUAUUUUACAACUAGCCUGGGAAAUAGAAGUUUUGUGUGAAAUACUAUCAAAUUAAAACAUUGAACAGAAUCUAGAAACAUUUUAAACAUCUUUUAUUGACUGUAUAUAUAUAUAUAUAUAUAUACACAUUGUUAACAUUCUAGUUAUUAUUUUCAUUUAAGUUACAAGCGUAUUACCCUUUUACGUUUUACUGAUCUGAUAAAAUGUUUUAAUGUGUGUACCAGAAAUAAUAUUAAUAAUUAUUAGUAAUAUUGCAUGACCUCUUACAUAAAUAUCUGGUCCAUAUUUGUAUUUUAUGACAUGUCUAAUAUUUGAGAAUAAUAGUUAAUAUUAAUGUCUAAAGUCAUGUUAUAUACCACAUAUUGAAUGACUUGCCAGUCAGUAUUCAUGACUUAGCCUUUUUUUACUAUUGACCAGCAAAUACUUCCAUUAAUAAUAAUAUUGUAUUGAAGUUAAACAGUCUGUGCUUAGGAUUUUAUAUGUUUACCUGAAGUGUAUUUGUUUGAUAUGUUCCCCAUGUUUAGUAGGCCUGUUAAUUAAUAAAAAAUAGACUGCAAAAUAGAGUGUAUGAACUUUAAUAUAUGUACAAAUAAAACUGGAAUUUACAAAGGUGAUUGUUUUUCACUCAUGAUAGUGGUGUUGAAAACUGAAAUCCUGUCAGUAUUACAUUGUCCAUGAUUCAUACAAACAACAAGUACUUUUUAGCAUUUCCAGUUAGUAAUAGCAGAGAAAUUAUUCUCUCUUUGGUCUAACUGUCAGUGGUGCACCAAGGGAAGGACUAGACUAUCAGAAUUGCAAUAUGUAAACUUAGAGUAAGUGUUUGGUUAUUAACACUUUGAACAGAAUAUGAUAUAGAUCUACAUGUACAUGUACAUUGACAUGGGGUGCCAGCUGGUAUAUCAGGCCACACAGUAUUGCUUCUUGAUGACAUGACUUAAGCACUCUAUUUGUGCAUCAUUUAGACGUUUAGGACAUUGAUCUUAUGAUAUCUAAGUCUCCCGAUCCAUAUUUAAUAUACCAUAAUUGCGUUGCAAUACUACAGUAUAGGAAAGUGAAAGUAGAUUUUCCUUUUUGUCAAAAAAUAAUUCUAUGACACGAGUCAGAGAACGAUAACGGUUUAAAAAGUUUAAGUAAUCACAAUUAUGCACAUUUCUUGUAAUAACAUGCAAAAAAUAAGUAGAUUCUGAAAAUUUACCGUCCUCCGCGGGACUGUGUUUUAGUGUAUGUACAAUUAUCCAAAAUCGGCUAGUUAUCAGUUCCUAGUAUAGAGGUUAGACGGAAUGUGUGACGUCACGCUCUAUGUAUAGAAUGCAAUAGACUGUUGAUUUUUCUGAAAAUAUAUUAUACAAACGUAUCAUGUGCGUUUAAACUACUGCGCUAGAGUGUUGAUUUUCUGAAAUUCUAUUGAAAACGAUGACCUUCAAGAUUGUACGCUGCGAUCGAUACAAGUCGGAGCGUAACAUUUGCGUAUAAACCAAGGUUAACACACAGAGAUAAGGUUAAAAUGAGAAAUUGUCCAGAUUGUUCACUUACUAACUUCUUAACAAAAGAAGAUCUUAGAUUUCAUCGGAGAGAAGAACAUGGAUUUGAAAAAUGUGACUGUAGUCGAGAGUUUCUGAAAAGAGAAUACAUGGAGCAGCAUAGGUCAAUGAGUAAAGUACAUAUACCAGGGUAUUAUACAGGACGGUUUAAAUGUGCAGAAUGUAUUAAGCGCUUUCCCAAAGAGCAUCAGUUACUACAACAUCAGAAGAACCUUUGCCAUAAAGGAAAGGUAAUAUUGGAAGCAAAUGAAGACCGCACAUUGCUAUCAACGUCUGCGAGACCAAGUGCGAUUGAGCUUAGCAGAGCUAUGGAAGAUUUUUCUAUUGCGCCAAAUCCUGAUCUAUAUCAGUUACAAAGCCAAGACAUUGACAAUUUUAUCGCUCAUCACGUGCAGGCGGAUUCUUUAUUUUUGGGUUGCUGCGGAGAAGUGAUAGAUACUCUUGUUCGCAAGUUGCAAGAAAUCAAGAAAGUUUCAAAGAAACUUCAGCCAAAACAAAUAAUCAAGUCAGGAUCCAUGGGUAAAGGUACUGCUGUAAAAGGCAUAGCCGAUAUAGACCUUGUGCUGAUGCUAAACGAAUAUACAGACGUUGAAACGUUGAUGUUGGAAAUGGAUAGUCUGUUAAAGGAUCUUGAACGCUAUCUGAUCAGUUACACUGAAUCCAAACCACAGAAAACGACACGAUAUUCUGUGCAGGUUAAGAUAACUUGCAGUACUGGACACAAACACGAUGUUGACAUACUUCCUGCUGUGGACCUACUAGGACUAGGAUACUCCCCAGCAGCAGUAUUUAGAAAGAUGGAAGGGGCCUCCAAAGACACUAUUCACGAGUACUCUGUGACACUGGCACCUCUCCAGUUAGAGAUAAUUUCCCCCCUGCCAGCAAAAAUAAAGAACCUGAUUAAACUGGUCAAAUACUGGAAAAAUAAAAAGCUAAAGGAAAAGUGUGAAGCUAAAAUGCCAAGUUUUGCUGAGAGGGAAUACAGAAAACCAAACUGGCCAAGUUCCUACGCAUUAGAACUUGUUGUAAUAAACAUAUGGAAUGAGGCAGGAAAUCCUGAUAAUUUUGAUACCGAAAAGCUUCUUCAUGACUUGCUUAUAUCCCUUAUAAACCAUAGGCGGUUUAAGAUACUCUUAAAAAAGCAAAUGGCAUACGACAUGGACAAAAUACUUUUAAGAACACCCCCGUAUAUCAUGGAUCCUGCAAAUCCGUUCAACGAUAUGUAUCACGGUCUUGUAGGAGGGGAAGCCUUUGACUGGGAACAAGUCGUUCCGGAAGCUAGAGUUUGGCUUGAGAAACCUCUAUUCUAUGGUGUAUCUUAGAAAAAUGCGUUGUAGAAAACAACAGAAAGAAGAUCGUUUACGAAGAAUAACAUAACGUAUCAGUUGACUUAUAAUGUGCAGUCUAGUCAGGAUCCAUACUGUUCGUUAACGGUUUCUCUAAUUGCAAUAGACUUUGAAAACGAACAGCAAACAGGAUGGAUUCUGACAAGACUGCGCGGAUGCGCAGAUUGGUCUGGAUCCAUGCUGAUCGCAAACGCACUAUGUUGGUUUUCUCAUGGCGCGGCUCAAAUUUUUAACUCCUGAAGAAAACGAUUUCAUGCUUGCUUUUAUAUGUAGAUACAUUCAAUUAAAAUAUAAAAAACCAGUGAAGGAAAUCAAACACUUAUUUGGCUGUAAACAAUUAUGUCUUGCCGUUCAUGUCAUACAAAACGAAGUAUUUGAUGUCCAGUUCAAUAUGCGUUUGUUCAACAGACUGUUUUAUUAGAGUCCCACUAGAACAGUUUGAAUUAUUUUCAGGCAUCAUUGCGAUACGAAGACAGAGCCUGACUUUCGCGUUUUUGUUCAGGAAUAGUACGUAAAAUUGCGCAUGUAAUUUAGAAAUAAAUGGCAUUUUCUUGCUACGUAAACAUGUACUGUGUUUAAUAUAAACAUUUAUGCUGCAAUUCAUAUAGCAAUAUAGUGUUCACUCGUUGAAAUAGAUUUUGACCUUACACUGAAACAAACAAAUAUCCUCUUUAUAAUCCUGAUUUUAUUUUCAUACAUCUUUAUUUUUUUGCAAGGAAUUUUCAAUUAUUUUUAAUUCAUAUUCUUUCGCGUUCAAGUGUAGUUUCAUGCCGGGUCAGUGAAAAGUAAAAAUGAUUUUUCCACUGUUUGAAACAGUGAGAAUAUCAAUUCUAUUUCACUGAAAAUUUUCAGUAUUUCACUGCUGAGCAGAAAAUAAAUUGGUAUUUACUUGAAAUGACUUAGUCCGGUGCAUAAUUUAAUCAUGUAUAUUUUUUAAUAACGAGAGCUUGAGUAAUUUUCUGGUAGUGAAUAAAUGUUUUAGAAUGCUUUUGAUAUUACUUGAUACAACGUUAGUCUGAUUAAAAUACAAAAGUCCUUGUCUAAUGGCGUGUACAUGAUACUUCCUCUAUGCGGUUUAUAUAUCAUCAUAAAAUAUGCACAUUGAAAUAAACCGAUGUCCUUAAUAUCAAAAGAUAUUCAAUACAAAUGAUUUGCCAUAGUUGGAAUUCCUAAAUACUUUAAAAAAAAAGAAAGACAUGGAUACAUGUGAUUAUUUUACACACUCUAAAAUCAUUAAUUGUUUCAAUGCCAAUGACAGUAUUGUUAGGCCGUCCAACUGAUCUAAACAAGUAGUAACCUGAAACUUGUACAUGUAUAUUUUUGAGUUACAUCAACGUUUUCGACGCGCGUAUUUUAUGUCAGACCUAAACCAUGGUAUUAAUCGAUAGCCCUACCUGUUCUUGAUCAAUCUAUAUCUAUAUCGGUGAUCCGCUUGGAAUACUGUCAUUUAGAAUGAUAUGCGAGAAAUACUUCGCUUAUAUCGGUCUUUCGCUCCGCGACAUUUGUUUACUUCCGGUUGCUCCGGUGUCACCGUACGUUUUAUGUAACGUCAUUUUCGAUUGGAUAGUAGCUAUCUCCACGUACGUCACGUACCGUUCACGUACCGUUGUCGUAUGCGGAGCUGUGCUAAAACUAUAAAAGGCCUGUUUUUCGGCUCCUCAUUUGGCAAUCUUUCCUCCACCCUGAAGACAGUAACCCCUAUGUUGAAUGCAUACAGAUCGGUUCCACAAUUCUUAAUUAAUCCUGACAUAAGCAUACUGUAUAAGAGUCACAGAACAGUAACUUCUGGAGAUAUGUGGAAUUUAUGAAUAAUACUUUGUACACUACUGAAUAUUUUAUACUUGGAACUGCUAGGACUUUAUAUCUGAAUAAAAGAUGUGUGACUGAA